AUGCCCAGAGGGCUCCAGAAUCCACGGAUUUUUGGGCCGCUGGUUGUUGGCCUGGUGCUGAUAACCUACUUGUUUUAUUACAAUUCUGUGGAGGAUAAGGUAUUCAAGUUGGAUGUUCCCGAUAGCGAAAUUCCUUUGACCGGAGGACCUUCAUUGGGUAUUAAGGUAUGUUUUGGGGUUUUUUGGACAUUUUUCUACCGUUUAGGACUAAACUCGAUUUUGCAGAAGCCUCUUAUAUUGAUUUACACCAAAGUUUUUGGGGAUGAUCCAAUAGCUAAGGAUUAUCUGGGGGGAUGUCCUUUGAAAUGCCAGUUAACCGCUGAUAAGCGCCUGUUUACUGAUGCGCAUGCUGUCGUCUUCCAUGGGGGAGAUUUCAAGGCUCACGAUUUGCCAAAGAAGAGAGCGAACCCAACUCAAAAAUGGGUCUUCUGGAGCAUGGAAACCAAAGAAGCAGGGUAUCUAAAGCAAAGUCAAGAUGGGAUUGAUGGUAAGACAGAUUUUUGAUGAGUUGAAAAUGGGAGCUAGAAGUUUUAGAGACAUUAGUGAGGUCUGGAAGGAGAAUUUAUCACGGUUUUAAACUCUAAUCAUCAUUUCGGGCCUUGUUUUAAAAAAAAAUACAUCGUUUCAGCCCUCAAACCCGAUUGGAUUAUGGAUUAUUCAACCGCAGCUCAUAUUCCUCAUUAUUAUGGUGGAUUCUACGUUGAUCCGCAGACUGCCCAGGGAAAGGGUUACCAGCCGGUGGCAAAUCUCACGACGGAGGAAAUUCUCAAGGAUAAGCAGUUUCGAGGAGCAAUCGGAUUCAUAUCAAAUUGCGGUAGCAAGGAGAGAUUAAAGGCCGCAAAAGCGAUGUCAAAGUAAGGGGAAAAUGGCUAGAUAUUGAUUCCAAGGGGACAGUGGAUCAUCGCAGAGCUUUAGAAAAACAUUUCCGCUAGAAAUUCCACCAUGAAGGAACGUCGUCAAGUGGGAAAAAGACAAGUGGGGAAACUGAAAAGUAUUAUUUUUCUUCGAUGUAAGUGUCGAAAUCAGGAGUUUUGAUGGCGCUGAUUGUGAAAAUAUCAUUCAUUUUUUUGAUCGUUACUUUUUUUCUUAAGCAGUACUGGAAAGUAGUCAUUUUUUGAUUUUUUUCACAAAUGUGGAUUUAGAGGUUUUGAUUGCAAAUCAAAAAAAUAAAUCAGAUUUUCGGAAUCAGCACUAUCGAAAACCCCUAGAUCAAUCAUUAUGAAAAAAGUUCAAAAAAUUACUGCUUUACAGUACUGCUUAAGAAAAAAUGUAACAAUAAAAAAACUUAAUGUCAUUUUUGAAAUCAGCGCCAUCGAUUAUCCUAAUUUCGACACUUACAUCGCAGAAAAAUAAUACUUUUCAGUUUUUCCAAUCGUCGCCCCCGUACAUGAUCGACUAUUUUUUAUAUUAUUCUCGAUCUGGAACCAAAAAAACUCUAAAAAUAUCAAAAUCACAUGAUAUUUGCGCGUUUUUAGGUAUAUGCGGGUCGACAUUGGCGGAAAAUGCGCCCUAGACUCGUCCAAGAAGGAGUUGUGCCCAAGGAACACGGAUUGCACACCAAUAAUCAAUUGGAAUUACUUCUAUUUGGCCUUGGAAAACAUGAACUGCGUGGAUUAUGUGUCGGAAAAGUUUACCGAGCGCCUACAUCUGCCUGUAAUCCCGGUUGUGGUCAGUAAGCGGAAUUAUGAACAGUAAGUCGCUCCAAGUCACUAUAGUUUUUACACUUGGGUUCCAGCCGGUUCCCAAAAGAAGCCUAUAUUGCCAUGGAUGAUUACAAAUCUGCCAAAGAACUGACAGACUACUUGAAUCACCUUAUGAAACAUCCGAGCGAGUAUGUGAAGCUGUUCGAAUGGAGAAAACAUUGGGCGAGGGCACCAUGGAACGGUGACGGUUAUAGAAAUGGUAAGUUCGACUAAAAAUUGUAUAAGUAUUGCGGUAAAUUGAUGUAAUAUGGCAUAUAUUACGAAAUGCUUUCCUAUCCUACUGCAUUUUCUAAGAAAAUUGUCGGCGGAGACAUGUUAUACGAUGAAACAUCCCCAAACAUGUUUCAUCGUAUAAAAUGGCUUCUACCGUAAUCUAGGUCGGGAAAUGUUGACGUAUCGAUUUUAAUAAGUCUGUUUGACAAUAUUAUUUUUUAAAAUACGUAAAUUGAAUAAUUUCGGAUAUUGUUUUAGGCGUGUGUGCCCUCUGCGAAAAACUGAUGGAAGAAGGAAACAAACCAACUGAAGCUAUCCCAAAUAUCAACAAAUGGCGUCAAGAUCACGCCCCUUGCGUCGACAAAGUCUUGCCGGACUCAUGGUUCCAAUAG